AUGCCACAUGCCCUAUCGAGUUCUGCCGUCACAGCCCCUUUUCCACUCAAAUCAACCGCUUCGGGUGAACUUGCCCACGUAUGCCCACCACCCAACAUGCUCGCUCUGAAAGGCCUUUCCAGUGUAUUUGGAAGGGGACGCUCCACAGAUAGCAGGGAGGCCAAAGAGCUCCUUGCGACGGUGGACGAUCUGCUCAGCCAAUCAAACAAGCUCCUUAACAGUAUCAGUCGGCGGAUACCUAGCAAGCAGUUUGAGACAUUCGAGCACAAAUAUACCGAGCUUAACCUCAUGGUGAUUGAAGUCAAGGACGAUAUACAGGGGCGAGAACAAAAACGCAUUUUCUUCGAGAGCGAAGAAGAAAAGGAAGCAUUCCAGAGCGAUAUUCGGAAGCUCCUUCAACAAUGCCAGACGUAUCGUAAUGACGUUACAGCCAGUCGUAGAGUCCAAGGCGAUGUAGUGUCAGGCCCCGAUAUUCAGGAAGCAACCACCGGUACACCGUCUCCAUCAUCUUUGCAGUGGGUUGACAAUCUUACUGCACCUGUGUUAUCUAUGGUGGCCGAUGCCACAUCCCAGGGCAACCAGCCAGGGAAGGCUUCCAUGUCUGGAGUUGAUCAUAACGAAGAUCAACCGACCAAGCGAUUCAUCGCUACGGUGUCGCGUAAAAUUUACGAGGGAACAAUUGACGGCGACUCAACAUCCUCAUCUCACGACGAGGACCCGUACAUCAGAAUAUUGUUUUGCGUUAAUCGCUCCAAACGAGCCAUGGUGGUAGGCAAGUAG